CAUACUAAUCAGCACACAAAUCAGCACACAGUGGAAUAAGGAUGAUGAUACAACAAUUUAAAAAAAACUGGUCCGUACCAAAUAGAUUAGGCAGAGCACACCAACCGCAGCAACAACCGUGACCUCAACGAACACUAACAAUGCUUACCGCUGGAAUUGCUGCAACAUCGUCACACUUGUUGCCAUUACUUCAAUCUUCUCACCUUUUAGCAUGUAACAGAGCUUCGUUUCUGUCACCAUUGUUAGGGUUAAGGUUUAAUUCUGUCAAAUUCAGUUCGAUUACCGCUCAAAGAAGGCGAUGGCUUUGUGUAAAAGCUGCAAGAACAGAGUCCAAAGGAGCUUCUUUAGGGUUUAGACCGCCUGAUUUUGAGUUGUCGGAGCCAUUGACUGGGAAAACAUGGACAUUGCAAGAUUUUGAAGUGUAUCCGGCUUUAUUGGUUAUGUUUAUAUGCAAUCACUGCCCAUUUGUGAUACAUCUGAAAAAGGAUCUUGUGAAGCUUUCAAAUUUCUACAUGAAGGGUCUUGCAGUUGUUGCAAUAUCUUCCAACUCCGUUAUUACGCAUCCUCAGGAUGGACCAGAAAUCAUGGCAAAAGAAGCUAAAUUAUAUGAUUAUCCAUUUCCUUAUUUAUAUGAUGAGUCUCAAGAUGUUGCGCGUGAUUUUGGAGCAGUUUGCACACCAGAAUUCUUCUUGUUUAAAAAGGAGGGCCGGAGGCCAUUCGAACUUGUAUACCACGGACAAUUUGAUGACUCCAGACCAAGUAAUAAUGUGCCUGUUACUGGGAGGGACUUGAGUAUGGCAAUUGAUUCUGUUCUCAGUGGUCAACCUGUAGCUUCCGUUCAAAAACCGAGUGUUGGAUGUAGCAUCAAGUGGCACCCUGAAUGAACCAAUAAUCUUAUCAGCUAUUAUUCUUUAGUCUCUAGAAUGCAGAAUUGUUGGUGUGCUACCAAAACUUCUGCUUUCAGAAUGUAAAUGUGGUUGGAAAGUGGAGCAAAGUUUUGUAGCUGCAUCAUAUGGAUUAAUUCUAUUCAUAAAAAUCUAAGAUAUGAAACGGUAAAAAGCUGCUUAUAGGUACAAUGUUUUUGAUACAUUUGAAAUACUUCCGAUUGAAUCUAUAUAUCUACCUGAUGCAUAUUUUGAAUUGUAUACAUUUUGCUAUGGGAAAAUUGAUAUGUUUUGUACUUAAAUACAUUUUCAUUUAUGAUGUUGGAGUCU